AGGGAAAAUCGUUAGCGGUGGCUGUCAGUGGAAGAUGAAUCAACCACGGCGGCGGAAACAGAGAAGGUAACGGAACUCACCUUCCAUGUGUGUAAUGACGAAACAGAGAAGAUGAAUCAACCACGGUGGCUGGCUUAGUGUGUAAUGACGAAAUCGACAAUCUCUAGCCGGAAAGGAGAGUUGAGUUUGUAGAUCUACAAGAAGUCGGGGGAGAGAUGAAAUUAGGGUUUGUCCCUUGGAAACUGCAAAGAUAUUAGAUCGAUUCCUUCAAAAUUUGAAUUAAAAAAUAUCUGAAAAGAUAUUAUUUGUUUUAUUCUCUUUAUUGUUAAUAGUUAGACAAUCUAAUUCAGUUGUUCUAGUUACAGGACUGAGACAUGAUUCGUGAAACCGAUUUUCAGUAAGAGGAGAGGGCUAAGGUAGACAUUUCACUCAGACAAAGUGUCCACAAAGACCAAAGUGACUUAAUGUGUAAUUGAUAAGAUGAAUUGUGUCUGUGGGCGUAAAUAUCUCUUUCCGAUACCCUGAUCUGGUCAAAUGCAACAUAACAAGCCUGUUAAAUCUCCUUAGUCUCGUAAUUUUGUGUUAUCUCUUAAUAAUAAAAAAAUAUGUGGUAAUUAAGGCUCCCUCUCUCUCCUCUCAAGUAUCUCUCAUUCUUAUAUGCUUUUCUAUAUAAACCAAGGUUUCUGAUCGUGUGAACCACCUUGUGUCUCCUUUGAAAUGAAGAAACUUUUAUGGAGUCUGACUGUGUUUGGUGUCAUCUUAAUCUUCCCUGUUAAUGGGGUGCCGGAGUUUGAUAAAAUGGAGAGGCUCCCAGAUUUUAAUGGGACACAUGUUUAUCAGACCGAAAAUAAUGUCUAUUCCAAAGCAAAGCCUACAAUGGUAGAACUCACUUUCGUUAAAAAUCCUGUUGAGAGAUCAGCAGUGUGUCUAGAUGGAAGUCCUUCCGGAUAUCAUUUUCAUCCCGGGUCCGGUUCAGGAGCAAAGAAUUGGAUCGUUCAGUUUGAGGGAGGUGGAUGGUGUGGUACCAUCGAAGAUUGUGUAAAUAUGAAGAAAACUAGUCAUGGAUCGUCCAAGUAUAUGGAGAAACGUAUACCUUUUACAGGAAUUCUAAGUGACAAAGCCGCGGAAAAUCCAGACUUUUAUAACUGGAACAAAGUAAAAGUUAGGUCCUGUGACGGUGGAUCCUUAAUGGGAGACAAUGAAAAUCAGGAUGCAAAACUUCAGUUUAGAGGAAAGCGAAUAUGGACAGCUGUUAUGGUAGACUUGAUGACAUUCAAUGGAUUGCGUGAGGCAAAGCAGGCUCUGCUUUCUGGAUGUUCUACUGGAGGCCUUACAGCGAUACUUUACUGUGAUAAUUUUAAAUGGUAUUACCCUAAAGGCAAAGUAAAAUGUCUGAGUGAUGCUGGCCUUUUCCUUGAUGCCACCGAUGUCGCUGGAGAUCGACCUCUUAGAAAUUUAUACAGAGAUUUAAUACAAUUACAGAGUGUUACAACACAGCUCCCUAACGAAUGUUUAAAACGGCUUAAUCCAACUUCGUGUUUUUUCGCGCAAAACCUAAUAAACCAAGUGAACACGUCAUUGUUUAUUCUAAAUGCUGCAUACGAUUCUUGGCAGAUCCGAGAGGGUUUAACUCCUAAAUCUGCAGAUCCAAAUGGAAGUUGGUCUGACUGUAGACUUAACAUCGCAAAGUGCAAUGCAUCUCAGAUAAAGUUCUUGCAAGGUUUCAGGACUCAGAUGGUGAAUUUGAUCAGUAGUUUUACAAAGCCAAGGAAGAACGGAGUAUUUAUUAACUCGUGCUUUACUCAUUGCCAAACAGAGAAUCAGGACACAUGGUAUUCCAAAAACUCUCCUGCUGUUAAGAACAAGAGAAUUGCAGUAGCUGUGGGAGAUUGGUAUUUCGAAAGAAGAGGAGCGAAACUCAUAGACUGUGCUUAUCCUUGUGACAAGACUUGCCGCAAUGAAGUUGCCGAAUGAUAAAUUGUUUCUAUAUAUUUUGGCAUUCAAAUCCUUUUUGUCAUUCUUAUUUUCAACAAAUAACCGAAAAUAAAGGACAACUGCCUAGAACAAUUUAGCUAACCAAAUUGCUAGUGUAAAAUUAGUAUGAACUACUGCUAUUAUUGGCGAUAAAUGCAAACAUAUUUUAGAUAAUUCUGUAUCGAUAGAUAAUGCAAACAUAUUCUCAAUCCUAGCUAGAUAAGCUUAAUAUUAUUCCAAGUUGUAUUCAAUAUCUUAUUCUACAUUGUAUCACUUGCUUCACAAUGGUUGAUCUCUCACAUUCAUUAGACUAUCGUUUAGACUUAAGGGAACUGUAUAAACAAAUAUUUCUGUCUUGUGUAAUUCUAGAGAAAAAAAUAUGUUGCCGAAUGUUAAAAGAGAAAAAAAAAAUUACCUAAUGUAGAUGGUUUUAGAAAUUAGCAAUA